AUGGGCACCAAUCGCCUGAAAGUCAUGGUCGACGCUUUCCAUCCCAUUGUUGACGUCUUUUCAGCCGCAUUCGAUGAGCCACUUUCUAAGUUUUAUCCCGACGGCGCGGGAUUCGAUCCGUGUAAUUUUCGCAAUACUCCGGAGACCCUUCAAGCUUUGAUGAAGUGGCUGCCCGAUAUCGCCAAACAAGUCGUGAGUCGGACUUGCCAAGACGCACUUGGGGCUCCGGCGGUGAAUUCCAACGCCGAGUUUGCCCAACGUGAUGGGGCUAAGCGGGAAUGGGGUGAAAAUACUUCGGAAAAGGCAAUUUAUCAUGGGGUGAUGUCUUUUCUAGCCUUUGUGUUGGCCCCAGUAAUGGCAAAUGUCCCUGAAAGCGCGUUGGAUUCCAUAAAGUUAGAAAUGGCAUGUUUCCAUCUGCUCAGGCUUAUGCACGAUGUGCCUAGAGAAAAGCUCCCAUUUGGGGGCUCAAAGGACACACUUUUGGCGGAGGUUUGGAGGAAGGACAGGGAUAUCUUUCUUCCACCAUUCUCCAAGAAUACUAACCAGGGGGGGAUUGUUGACCGGCUUUCUUUUUCUAGGAUAAGCCUCCAGCUCUUACUUCGCGCCCUAUUUCUUGCCUUUUCACACUGCUGGCGGCGGACGACAUUUUUAGCCCGGCAGACUUCGGGCAGCAGGACGAAUCGUCGGCAGUCGAGCCGUGCGAAGCGCCCCUCUUCUUCAAAGAUUGGUCGUCUGAAGGCAGUUAAGAGUGGUGAUGGGGACUGCGAAUUCAAAAUGGAAAAUACGGAUUCGUGGGAAUCGAUUGACCCUUUACUGUUGUUUUAUCCCGCCGAGUAUUACUGUCGACGGCUUGAUGCGGCCCUCGCCUUGAAGAAUGCUUUUUCGGGAUCCUUGUUAUCCUCUAGUGGUGAUGGUAAUUUAUUCAACAUUGAUGAUGUUGGCCAUGCGCGGCCACGCAGAAAAUUGCGCGGUGAUGCUAAAAAAAAACGCAAUCCGACUCAAGGGAUGCGAGGGGCCUAUGCACGAUAUGGGGACUCGCGCCGGCGGUUUCUUCGCUUGAGGGGCCCACGGUUUUUAGCGCAGGGUUGUCGUCGUGAGAGGUUAUUUUCGGAGGAAAGCAGUGCCACAACGACAAGUAGUAGUAAUGAGGAUGAAUCGAUUUCCUCUUCGUGCACAAGUGAAACGGAGGCUUAG